AUGCCUAAGAAACUCAAACUCGCCGUCUCCCAAUCCAGAACCCUGGACACGCUACAGCAAACCCUUGACGCUUUGGCUGCCACCACGCGCAAAGCAGCCUCCCAAUCCAUCGAUCUCAUUCUUUUUCCUGAAGCCUACCUCGGUGGCUACCCACGUACUUGUGACUUUGGCGCCAGCGUCGGCGCCCGCGCUCCCCAUGGUCGCGACCAGUUCCUCGAGUACUUCCACGCUGCCGUCGAUCUAGGCGAUACCCCAAUAGGUGCCGGCAACGACUGGGUAGAAAGAAAACUGCCAGUGGCCAAAGGAAAAGAAUACAGAGGUGAUGGCACAAGAGAAUUCCUCGAACGCGUGGCCCGAGAAACAGGCGUGUUUAUCGUUACUGGGCUUGUGGAAAGAAGUGGAGGUUCACUCUACUGCGGUGUCGUAUACACCUGUCCUCGUCUCGGCUGCAUCGGCAAAAGAAGAAAAGUCAUGCCUACAGGAUCAGAGCGUUUAGUGUGGGCACAAGGCCAACCAUCCUCUUUACGCGCCGUCACCACCACCAUCCGCGGGGUCAAUCUUACACUUGCAGCAGCCAUUUGCUGGGAAAACUACAUGCCGCUUCUGCGCUACUCACUCUACUCUCAAAACGUAAACUUGUAUCUCGCGCCUACAGCAGACGCAAGAGAUACCUGGGAACCGCUUAUGCGCACAGUGGCUGCAGAAAGCAGAGCUUUUGUGUUGAGUGCUAAUCAAUGCGUAAGACGCAGUCAUUUGCCUUCUUGGAUUUCUGCCCCGAAGAAGGUGGAUGCAGAACCAAAAGCUGUUUCUACCUCUAUCUCUGCGCCUGCGCCCCGCAGAAAAUCAGUGGUUAUGGAAGAAGGGAAUGAACUUGUUUUGCCUGACCCUUCUGCUCAUACCCAGUCCUCCUCUGCGGCUAUUCCAGAAGAAGAUGACUUUGUGUGUCGCGGCGGCUCCUGCAUCAUUGGUCCUCUAGGAGAUGUUCUGUGUCCGAGUUUAUGGGAAGAAGAAGAUGGAUUCCUGUACACAGAAGCAGAUUUCGAAGAUUGUGAGAGGGGGAGAUUGGAUAUGGAUGUUGCUGGAUCUUAUAGCAGGAACGAUGCGUUUAGAUUGACGGUUGAGGGGUUGGAUAUUAAUCCGCCGCCUUUGUGA